AUGAGAUCCAUAUACCUGUAACUGAGGUACUAAAAACCACAUUGCAGUCUCCUUUUUUUUCAUUUCUUCUCUGUCGUUCCGCUUCUAUAUCAUGCUUGUGUUUACAAGUCCGGGUUCGUGACCCUUUAGUCACGAUGUGUAGCUCGUACCGCGAAGUGACAGAACUGUAAAUCGAUAGCUAAUUCCUCUCACUUUCGAAAGCUACCUCAUACGAGAUGUGUUGAUAAUACGCUCAGCCAACUAGCUUAUAUAAAGUGGUUUCUCCAACAGCAUCAUGUCGAAUGGGCCCCUCCCGUCAGAGCGGACUCUCCUAUCUGCACUCUGCAAGAAGCAAGUCGGUGAUAAGGUCAGGUUUUUAGGAUGUGUCACAGAAUAUUCUACUCGCUUCGGACAAAUCACCCUCAAACACCAUUGCCCCAAAGAGGACGGCGAUAUCGAGGCGCUUGUCGAUGUAAAUCUUCUCCUCAAAUCACUCAAGUCUGAGCAAACCGACCUCGGGCAAUGGAUACACGUGAUUGGAUAUAUUACCUUCCUCAACAGGACUUCUUCGAGCAACAAGACCACGCCGCGCGUUGGAGUACAGGCCUUGGUGGUCUGGAUUGCGCAAGAUCUUGACCUGGGAGUAUACGAGAAGUCAAUGCUAGCUGGUGCUAAUGAGAGUGCCGGAAAUUCGGCGUCAAUAAACCCAGCUUCGAAAUGAAGCCCGUUGUGCUCAAAGAGUUGAUUCGGCGAGCCAUCAGAAUCUGGUUAUUCGCAAACCCCAUUCAAAGUCACGUGUCGCUAAAGUCGUGCUUUGACAUGCGAUAUAGGGGCCUUGACCUUGGUGCAUUCCGCUUUUCAAGAUUUCCAUCCAAGUAGAGGGCAUGUUCCAAUCCUGCACAGCGAGAACCUAUCGC